UCUAUAAACACUCGAGAGCAGAGACGCUCGCCCUCUUAGUCCGCCUGCCAGGGAAAGCAGAGGAGCUCAGACGUGGGUGUUGAGAUCUGGGCGAAAAAGAAAGCACCACUUGAACUUAGUGAACUCCCAAGUUGUGAGGAUCUGAAAGAGCAAGAUGUCUAAAGGACCAGCAGUCGGCAUUGACCUAGGCACCACAUAUUCCUGUGUGGGCAUCUUCCAGCAUGGAAAAGUGGAGAUCAUAGCUAAUGACCAAGGAAACCGGACCACGCCCAGCUAUGUGGCCUUCACAGACACUGAGAGACUGAUCGGAGAUGCCGCCAAGAACCAGGUGGCCAUGAACCCAGCCAACACUGUAUUCGAUGCUAAGCGUCUGAUUGGUCGUAAGUUUGACGACCCGGUGGUGCAGUCAGAUAUGAAGUACUGGCCAUUCAAGGUUGUGAACGACUCAACCAAACCCAAGGUGGAGGUUGAGUACAAAGGUGAGAUCAAGACCUUCUUCCCUGAGGAGGUUUCUUCGAUGGUCCUCACCAAGAUGAAGGAGAUCUCCGAGGCUUAUCUUGGGAAGACGGUCAACAAUGCAGUCAUCACAGUUCCUGCUUAUUUCAAUGACUCCCAGCGUCAAGCCACUAAAGAUGCUGGAGUCAUUGCUGGGCUCAAUGUGCUGCGCAUCAUCAACGAGCCAACUGCUGCAGCCAUUGCUUAUGGCCUGGACAAAAAGGUUGGCAGUGAACGUAAUGUCCUCAUCUUUGACCUCGGGGGUGGUACUUUUGAUGUGUCCAUCCUGACUAUCGAGGACGGCAUCUUUGAGGUCAAGUCCACGGCCGGUGACACUCACUUGGGCGGUGAGGACUUUGACAACCGCAUGGUCAACCACUUCAUUGGGGAGUUCAAGCGCAAGUUCAAAAAGGACAUCAACAACAACAAGCGGGCUGUGCGACGUCUGCGCACCGCAUGUGAGCGUGCUAAGCGCACCCUCUCCAGCAGUACCCAGGCCAGCAUCGAGAUCGAUUCACUCUACGAAGGAACGGAUUUCUACACUUCAAUCACCAGGGCUCGUUUUGAAGAGCUGAAUGCCGACCUGUUCCGUGGAACCCUUGAUCCUGUGGAGAAGUCCCUGAGGGAUGCCAAAAUGGACAAGGCCCAGAUCCAUGACAUUGUCCUUGUCGGUGGCUCCACACGAAUCCCCAAGAUUCAAAAGCUACUGCAGGACUUCUUCAAUGACCGUGAACUCAAUAAGAGCAUCAACCCUGAUGAGGCUGUGGCCUAUGGUGCAGCUGUGCAGGCUGCCAUCUUGGCUGGUGAUAAAUCUGAGAACAUCCAGGAUCUUCUGCUGCUGGAUGUGACGCCCCUGUCCCUUGGAAUUGAGACCGCUGGAGGAGUGAUGACUGUCCUCAUCAAGAGGAACACCACCAUCCCCACCAAGCAAACCCAGACCUUUACCACCUAUUCAGACAACCAGCCUGGUGUGCUCAUUCAGGUUUUUGAAGGUGAGAGAGCCAUGACCAAGGACAAUAACAUUCUUGGCAAGUUUGAGCUCACUGGUAUUCCACCUUCCCCCCGAGGGGUCCCCCAAAUCGAGGUGACCUUCGACAUCGAUGCCAAUGGAAUUCUCAAUGUGUCUGCAGUGGACAAAAGCACCGGAAAGGAAAACAAGAUCACCAUCACCAAUGACAAAGGACGGCUGAGCAAGGAGGACAUUGAGCGCAUGGUGCAGGAGGCAGAGCUUUUCAAGGCUGAGGACGAGGUCCAGAAAGACAAGGUUACAGCCAAGAACUCCCUUGAGUCUUUGGCUUUCAACAUGAAGAGCACUGUGGAGGACGAGAAGCUGCAAGACAAGCUCAGUCCCGAGGACAAAAAGACCAUUGUAGACAAGUGCAACGAAAUCAUUGCCUGGCUGGACAAGAACCAGACGGCAGAGAAGGAGGAGUAUGAUCACCAGCAGAAGGAACUGGAGAAGGUUUGCAACCCUAUCAUCACAAAGCUGCACCAGGGUGGUAUGCCAGGAGGGAUGCCAGGAGGGAUGCCUGGUGGGAUGCCUGGUGGUUUCCCUGGUGGAGCUGGAGGUGGCUCCUCCUCCGGCCCAACUAUCGAGGAGGUCGACUAAACACUGCUGACAGUGGAUUUAUCUCAGAUCCCAACACACACUCACUGUAUUACACCUAUUUUCUUAGCCAGAGUAUGACUAUAAACACUAGAUCUCAUGCUUAUCUGAACUUUAAAUUCUUUGAUGAUAUUUGACAAAUCUAAGCAACUAAAUCAGACAGCUACACAAUUUUACAAUAUUCACUCACAUAAGAUACAAUACCAAUCUGUUUGCUGUUGUCAUCAUCUAUUUCUCCACUGAGGAUUUGUAUGAAGCUGCCAGUCUAUAUCUGUGAUUUCUAAACAUUAAGCCAAUAAAGAUCAUCAAUGGGAUUCUGA